AUGCGAAAGCACACAGGUGAAAAGCCAUAUAAAUGUCCAUACUGUGACCAUAGAGCUGCCCAGAAAGGAAAUCUGAAGAUACAUCUGCGAACGCAUAGGACUGGUACCCUUGGCCAGGUCCAUGAUGUGGAAAUGGGAGAGUCACAUGGAGAACUUGGGGCUUCAGAAGGAAUGGGUGUAUGUGCAAGCCCAACUAAAAGUACGUCUGCUUGCAACAAAAUUCUUAAUGGAUCUUUGCAGUUAGACACCGAGGCAGCAGAUGAUGACAAGCUUGGUGACUACCAUUGCAUGUUCUGUAAAAACAAGUAUGAUAGAAAAAAAAGAGCUGGACCAGCAUCUUCUACAAGUUCACAAGCCAUAUAA